AUGAUGGACUGCAAUAUGGAUGUUGAUAUAUCGACGCCGGUUUCGGCCAAAAUCGCCAAUGGACUAAGAAUAUUUUUGGCAGCGACUUUUUGGUGUUUCGCUAGGUUACUAUCGUUUUGUAGACGGAAAAGAAUUCCCGCCAUAAGUGAUACUAUUUUAAAGUUGCCAGCCAUCGAAGUGGCAAGGAGGAUACGGCAUCAGGAGAUCACAAGCGUGGCCGUGUUGAGGGCGUGCAUGAAGAGAAUAAGCGAAGUGAACUCCACAUUAAACUGUUUCAUCGCAGACCGCUUUGAGGCGGCCUUGGCAGAAGCUAAAGAGGCUGAUGCCCUCAUACAAAGUGGGACUAAGACCUCAGAGCAGUUGCAACUGGAGAAACCGUUCUUAGGCGUCCCGUUUACAACAAAAGACAGUAUUUGCGUCAAAGGUCUUCCUGCCUCGUGCGGAAUAUAUGCAAAGAGGGACAAUAUUGCUACAGAAGAUGCUGAAGUAAUUAAAUUGCUUCGCGACAAAGGUGCUAUUAUUAUUGGUCUCACGAAUGUACCUGAAUUAUGUAUGUGGUGGGAAACAUAUAACACGAUAUAUGGUAGGACAAAUAACCCCUAUGAUACCACGAGGAUUGUGGGGGGUUCAUCAGGCGGGGAAGGAUCUUUACAGGGGGCUGGUGGUAGCUGUUUUGGAAUUGGUUCUGAUAUAGGUGGUUCAAUCCGUAUGCCCGCCUAUUUCAAUGGCAUAUUUGGACACAAAGCAACGAGAAAGACUAUUUCAAACAAAGGGAACUUCCCUGCUGUACGGACGGACCAAGAAGAUUCGUGUUUGGGAAUUGGCCCCAUGACUCGAUUUGCGGUAGAUUUGAAGCCAAUCCUUAAAAUUAUAUCUGACGCGAAAAGUAAAGAUCUGAAAUUAGAUCAGCCAGUCGAAGUCGGCAAACUGAAUGUGUUUUACCAAGUAAAUAGCAAUGCGCCACUUUGCGAUACAGUCGAUUCUGAAGUCGAAUCCGCGUUGAUGAAAGUCGUAGAUUAUUUAAAUGUAAAAUAUAAUACACAGGCCAAAAAGAGAGAUAUCAAAUUGUUAAAGCAAGCAGCGAACAUUUGGUUCGCCAGUGUCGCCUCAGAAGAGAGCGUCACAUCUUACCUCCUCGGAGAUGUUGGAAAGUGUGGAAUAUUCAAAGAGAUAAUAAAGAACAUUUUCGGAUGCUCGAAACACACAUUUGUCCCACUAGCUAUGGGGCUGAUCGUUAAGGUGGAUCUCAAGAGUGAAGAAUAUAGGACGUUUAUAGAGCUUGGUCAGAGAUUAGAGAGCCUAUUUAAAAAUAUGCUCGGCGACGAUGGUGUUUUUCUCUUUCCCACACACCCGACUGCCGCGUUAUUCCACUCGGAGCCAUUGUUCAGACCGUUUAAUUUCUCGUACACGUCUGUCUUUAAUACCCUCGGUUUUCCUGCUACAACUGUGCCAUUAGGUUUGAACAGACAAGGAGUUCCAAUCGGGGUACAGGUGGUCGCAAAUCAUUACAAUGAUAGACUGUGCCUUGCGGUUGCAGAAGAACUGGAGAAGGCAUUCGGUGGUUGGUCUGAACCACAAACGAAAUGA